CCCCGCCCCCUACAAGAUGCACACUGAGCGCGCACCACUGCCGCCAUAUUUGCGAUAUGGGCGGGUUUUGGCCGUUGUGAGUCGGGUGUAAAUCUCGGCAAAUUGGCUAUUGGAACACUGGAUAAUCGAUGACCAAUGCCUCGAAUCAAUAAGACCAUCAUUUUGACCCUGCUAACUGUGAUAAGUUUCAUAUUCCUGUUGUUUCAGCUCUAUUAUUAUAAUGAGUACUUUUCAUCAAAAAAUGAGUCUUACAUUUCUGAUUCCAAAGAAAGUUAUUCCAUCGAAGACAGUGUGCAUUGGAAAGUGGUCAAAAAGUUUCUGGGUUUAGCAUCAAUCCACAACAUUCCGUUAUAUCUCAUUGAUCCACUGGUUUUGGGACGGAUGAAUGAGAAUAUUCAGAGUGAAAAUACGGACAGUAGGUUGAACUGCAAGUACCUGUGUACACCCAGAGAGUUCACCACAUUUGCACUAUUGGACAAAUUUUGGAAAAAUGAAGUGUUUCUGAAGAAAGAAGCUGAAGAGGAGGGUUUUCAAUGGAUGGAAUUGAGUGGUAAAGAUCCGCGAUUGGCUGGAAUGGAUGGUCUCUCGGGUACAGAAAUUCCAUUGCACUGCAUCUUUAAGCUGCAGGAUCAUGCCAUCCACUUGGUGGUAUUUUAUGAAAGGAGUGGCAAUUUCCUCUGGCAUGGGCAGCUUCGGCUCAAGCAAAAUGCAGACAAAAAUUUUGUCCAUUUCCGCAAGCUGCAUUUUGGGCGUUAUCCAGGAGCCUAUAACAAACCUAAACUACAUCUGACUUCAGUUGAUGGAUUAGAAAUCCAAGUUCCUAAGCAGAUAGCAAACUUCCUAGAAGAGGUUUCACAAUCCAGGUUUGUUGAAUGCAGAUACAAAGAAGCAAGGAUGUUUUAUCAGGUAUACCCUGAGGACACAUCACAAGAUGCUAUGGAAUUUAGAAAAAAGGCAAAGGAUGUGCUUCAUCUGGCUGCAAAGAUAUUGAAUGGACAGAAGGUGCCAUUCUGGCUCAGCAGUGGAACAUGCCUAGGAUGGUUCAGACAAUGCAAUAUCAUUCCAUACAGUAAGGAUGUGGACUUGGGAAUAUUCAUAAAGGAUUAUAAAGUUGAUAUUAUCUCAGCUUUCCAGAGGGCUGGAUUGCCACUGAAACACAAGUUUGGUAAAGAAGAUGACAGUCUUGAGCUUUCCUUUCAGGCAGCAAAUGUGAAAUUGGAUAUAUUCUUUUUUUAUGAAGAGGAUGAUUACAUGUGGAAUGGAGGAACCCAGGCCAAAACUGGCAAAAAAUUCAAAUAUGUUUUUCCUAAAUUUACCCUGUGCUGGACUGAAUUUCUGGAACUGAAAGUGCGAGUCCCCUGUAAAACACUCCCAUAUGUGGAGGCAAACUAUGGCAAGAACUGGGCAAUUCCUAUAAGCAAUUGGGAUUGGAAAAAUUCACCAGCUAAUGUGCAAGAAAAUGGAAUUUGGCCGAUCCAGGACUGGGAUGAAGUCAUCCAGAUACAUUGAGCAUGGCUUAAAACUAAAUGGAUUGAUAGAGGAGGAUUGAUCUUAAAUCGACAACUAUAAGGAAAAGGGUAGUCCAAUGAUAAUUCCCUUUGUUGGAACAGUUGCUAAAUGCUUGUCAUACUACCAGAAACUGAGCACAUUAAUGCUGUUCACUGUUAUUAUUGGUAUUCGAAGAUUUCCCUUUUGAUAUGUAAACUAUGUCCUCUUUCAUAAUAUGGAAAGACAGUUUGAAGAUUAAAAUUAACUAAGAUUUAGUGUUCACAAAUGGAAUAACAUUCUAGCAGUAAAAGCAGUAGUUUAGAAUCAUCUUGUGAAUAUUGUGCUAAAGAAUGUUAACUUAUUGUAUUUUAAAUUAUUUAUUUCAUGCAUGGAAUUCUGUAUUUAAAUUAAUGUUUUGGAAAGAACGCAUUCAGCUACUGGGUACAGAUGCCCUAUAUUAUAAGGUUGCUGGAAAGCCUUAUGCAAAGGUACAUGGUGCUGUAGUGUUUACUAUGCCAGAAAAGAGUUGGUCCAACACUUUCCACAUCAAGCAGAUGCUCACCUGCACAUCCGCCAAUGUGGUAUACUGCAUCCGCUGUACCUGGUGUGGCUCCCUCUACACUGGGGAAAGCAAGCGGAGGCUUGGGGACCACUUUGCAGAACAACUACGCUUGGUUCGCAAUAAACAACUGCACCUCCCAGUCACGAACCAUUUCAACGACCCCUCCCAUUCCUUAGACGACACGUCCAUCCUGGGCCUCCUGCAGUGCCGUAAUGAUGCCACCCGUAGGGUGUAAGAACAGCAACUUAUAUUCCGCCUGAGUAUCCUGCAGCCCAAUGGUAUCAUUGUGGAUUUCACAAACUUCAAAAUCUCCCCUUCCCCCACUGCAUCCCAAAACCAGCCCAGCUCGUCCCUGCCUCCCUAACCUGUUCUUCCUCUCACCUAUCCCCUCCUCCCACCUCAAGCCGCACCUCCAUUUCCUACCUACUAACCUCAUCCCGCCCCCUUGACCUGUCCGUCCUCCCCAGACUGACCUAUCCCCUCCCUACCUCCCCACCUGUACUCUCCUCUCCACCUCUUUUCUCCUCUAUCCAUCUGCUGUCCGCCUCCCCCUCUCUCCCUAUUUAUUUCAGAACCUUCUCCCCAUCCCCCUUUUCUGAUGAAGGGUCUAGUCCCGAAACGUCAGCUUUUGUGCUCCUAAGAUGCUACUUGGCCUGCUGUGUUCAUCCAGCUCCACACUUUGUUAUCUCGGAUCCAACCAAGAAAAUUUCUUUUCAAAAUAAAUGCACCUUUCCCUUUUUCAUUAAUACAAUCCUUUUUGCUGCCUCCUGAUUUAUGUAGUGUCUUGAUUACAGAGCAAAUGUCUCCAUGGAACAGUCAUUCCAAUGUAAAUUAAUAUGUAAAUCUAAAUGCAGCUAAGUACAAACUGUGAUUUCGACUGAGGGUAGAAAAGCCUAUGGGUACAGGGAUGAUGGGGACCUGAUAGAAUGCUACUUUGGCCUCUGACUCCUUUUUACUCUUUCCCUUUUUGUUUUGAAGGAGAUGUUCUUAAAUCAUGACAGUUCUUCUAUUAGUAAGAGUAUUGGUUGUCUAGUACAAGUGUGCUGUAUAGAAUGUUGUAUUAUGGGCUUGAAUUUAUAUUACUGUUCAAUAUAACUGCUGUAUAUAAAACUUGAUGCAAGCUUUGUGAGACAUUUUUUAAGAUGCAACUCUUUGAUAUCAACCCAACCAGCCUGAUUCUGUAUUGACUCCAAGCACUCCAGCCACGUGCAUUGGUUCCACCUUGUGCACGGCUGUAGCAAAAACCUGAUUUUCCUGAACCAGUGCUGAGUGACAUUGCACAGUGAAGUUACAAUAAACAUUAAAUUGAAGUCUAAGAUUAAAAUCAGUCACAUCACCCAUUUGUCUUCAAUGCAUCAGCACCAAAAUGGUGAAUGUUCAUUUCUUAAACUGUGCUCCAAAAAGUUGUUCCAAUGAGUAGUUGCGCUGUGUAACAUAAUCAGUCCCAGCGGUAGGUUGAUUUCAGUUCUGCUGAGUUAACUGUCCUCAGCCUGCAACACAGUAAAAAGUAGGUGCAAUUAACAUGUGUAUCCUGUCAGGUAAAUUUACUAGAAACCUUUUACAGUGAAUUGACAUUUUGCGAAGGACUAUAUGGAUUAAGUAACUGGGACAUCAGUCUGUGUUUGAGGUGCUAUUCCAUUUGCAGGGGAACACUAUUAAAUAUGUAAAGGGUGAGUGAUAGGGAAUAAUAUUUGUUUUGCAGUGAAGGCUGCAGAUCACUUUGACCAGUUGAAAGUUUUGCUGUGAAAUUUGUACUUUGUUUACCCAUUGAAGAUGUAUUUUGCUACUUUUACUGAAGUUUUGGAAUAAUAGUACUUUGGUUUCACCAAACACUAACAUAAUAUAUUUGGAAUUUACUGUUGUUCGAAUGAAAGAAUAACAAAAGCUUAGAUAAACAAUAAUGCAUUUUGAUUUGAUAUGCACUGUGAGUGACAAGUGUGGGUUCUCUGAUUUUAAAAAAAAAUCUUUGCCAAACUGUAAGGGUUUUUAUUUUAAAAAUUUAUACAUUUAAGAUUCAGAUGGGAAAGAAAACAGGGAAAUAGCCACCCAUCAUUCCAUAAAUUCAAAGGGCUUUUACUCCACCAGCACAAAUGUGCACUUUGUGCCACUUAUAAAUUUGCUUGUGGAAUGUUACAAUCUAAGUUGACAUGAAAUUAAUAGUUUAAUAACUUAGUUUGAGUGGAAGUUGUUAUAAUGGCAUGCUUUUGCAUCUUAUUGUUACCUUCAUAGACUUAAUAUGUAAUGAAUAAUGUUGCUACCUGUCAGUAGAUUGCAAUCUAUUUUAUACAAUAUUUGUAUGAAUAGAUUUGAAAUGUUUAUCCAGUCAUUUGGAGAUAUAAUUUAAAGUGAGGUGCAAAAAGCAGGAUUGUACUGAAUAUAUGUACCUUGAUCAUGUUUUUUUUAAAAAUGGGAGUACAGUCAGAACUUGUAAGUGUUAAACUCCUGUUGUUUUCAGUACAGUAUCACCUGUGUAUAUAUUCUGUAUUAAAUCAACUAAAAUGCAAGAAGAGUAUCUUGUUCAUUUUUAUGUAUGCAAUUAAAUCUCUUAAUCAUUGGGUCUUGUAAUUGGCCCAUUUUAUCAAAAAAUGCUAUUUCUCUUUCAGCACCCUGGAACAAUGGCAACAUCUGGUAAUAUCCCUAUUGGGAAGCUCAUUUUGCCAUUAGUGCAAGAUUCUGCAUAAUUCUGUUGCUCUGCAAUACCAAUGAUGUUUGCGUAGCAGUGACUAAAAUCUUAGGAAAAGUGUUUAAAAAGCACCUUUUUUUUAGCGCUUACGGUAUUGUAUUUAUUGUGCUGUAUUGUAAAUCUAUGAUAAAAUAGUGCUGCACUGAUGAAAUUUCAACUUUUAGCAUGUUUAGUAUGUUUGUCUAACAUAUUGCAUAU